AUGACCAUGGGCCCGCAUUCGCCUUCGAGACGCGCUUCGUGCUCGCGCUUGUACCGGUCACUAGUCAUUUUUUGUGAUCACUUUAGUGCAGAGGCUGUUAGGGAUUAGGUACCAAUAGUUACCACUGCUGAGAUUGAAGGGGCGCAGGUUCCGUUCCGCUUCACUACGUUCUGACAUUGAAGCAUAGCACGACAACAUGAUCCCAUGCUUGUUUCUCGACGAAGACCAGGACUACUAUUUGAACGACGAUGACUUCGAUCGAUUAUCGCCGCUCACCAACAUGACGAUCGCUGAGCUCCUCGCCUUCGAUGUCGCUCCCGCCGACGCGUCUCUUCACAUCGAGUUGUCCAAAGACGAGCCCAACCAGUAUUCGACCUUACCCUACCCGACUCUCCAGACCAGAGACGCGUUUCUCGCCACCGAUGCUCUGAUCAACGCACGCAAGAAUGGAUAUCGAUCUUUGGCCGUCGCGUCGACGCGUUUGCCGCUCGGCGCCGAUCGGCUAUGGUAG